UUUGAGGCAGGUAAUAACUCCCUGAUAUACUGCACUCCUCUGUCUCCUGGUCAUGCUGUCACAUCCUCAUCAGUGCUUUGGAAAAAGAGAGUUCCCCCAUCGCUGCUGGACUGCAAAGGACCAAGUAGAAUGUGCAACCAACAGUGACCAAGCAUAAUUGUAUGCUUCUUCCCUUAAAAACAGAAAAAAAACAUGUUAAUUUGAUAAUCAAAUGGCCCUUCAUGAUACUGGAUCUUUAGUUGGGAAUGGUAUGGUAUGCUAAUGACUUAAACAGUAAGGAUUCUUCAGUACUCCUCAUCCUCUUCAACUUGCCAUAGCAACUGGUUGCAUCAUCAGACAAUCAAAGAAACCAGAAGGAUCAGGUGUGGACUGACAAAGGAGAAACACAAACUGCUUGAGGAACUUGAAAAUAUGACCAAGGUGUAGUGAUUGGAAUUAUAAAGGAGCAAGAGAGACAAGUCAGACCAAAGAUGCCUUUUGGAGGAUUCAGUGGGCUGAAAGAGAAGAUCCUCAAACCUGGCAAGGAAGAGGUUAAGCACACCGUGGGGGACUCCCUGGGCAAUCUACAAAAGACAAUUGAUGGUUCAAAUGUAGAGGAAGAUAACAUUGAGCUGACGAAGGAUGGCAGGCCAGUACAGGCCACGGUACGGAAGCCCCCGCUGUGUGACUGUGGCUGCUGUGGAUUGCCUAAGCGAUACAUCAUUGCCAUCCUGAGCGGCCUGGGCUUCUGCAUUUCCUUUGGAAUCAGGUGUAACCUGGGAGUGGCCAUUGUGGAGAUGGUCAAUAACAACACCAUUUACGUCAACGGAACAGAAGUGAUGCAGCCAGCGCAGUUUAACUGGGACCCGGAGACGGUGGGUCUGAUUCAUGGCUCAUUCUUCUGGGGUUAUAUUGUUACUCAGAUCCCAGGAGGUUUCAUCUCUAAUAAACUGGCUGCCAACAGGGUAUUUGGAGCUGCCAUUUUUUUGACCUCAAUGCUUAACAUGUUUAUACCAUCUGCGGCAAGGGUCCACUAUGGCUGUGUUUUGUUUGUGAGGAUCCUGCAAGGCCUAGUAGAGGGUGUUACCUACCCAGCAUGCCACGGGAUGUGGAGCAAAUGGGCACCCCCACUAGAACGAAGCAGGCUGGCAACCAUUUCUUUCUGUGGUUCUUAUGCAGGAGCUGUGAUUGCUAUGCCUUUAGCUGGAGUUCUUGUGCAGUAUGUUGGAUGGUCUUCUGUUUUUUAUGUUUAUGGAGUGUUUGGCCUGAUGUGGUACACGUGUUGGCUGUUAUUUGCCUAUGGAAGUCCAGCUGUACAUCCCACCAUAGAUGAAGAAGAGAGGACAUACAUUGAGACAAGCAUUGGAGAGAGCGCCAACUUACUGAAUGCUAUUGAGAAAUUCAGUACUCCUUGGAGAAAGUUUUUCACAUCAAUGCCAGUAUAUGCCAUUAUUGUGGCAAACUUCUGCAGAAGCUGGACCUUCUAUCUGCUGCUGAUCAGCCAGCCUGCCUACUUUGAAGAGGUGUUUGGAUUUGCCAUCAGUAAGGUGGGGCUUCUGUCUGCUGUUCCUCACUUGGUUAUGACAAUCGUUGUCCCCUUUGGAGGGCAGCUGGCAGACUUCUUGAGGAGCCGAAAGAUUCUGUCCACUACGACGGUCCGAAAAAUCAUGAACUGUGGAGGGUUUGGAAUGGAGGCCACCUUUCUUCUUGUUGUGGGCUAUUCUCAUACAAGAGGUGUAGCUAUCUCCUUCUUAGUUCUUGCAGUUGGAUUCAGUGGGUUUGCAAUUUCAGGAUUUAAUGUAAAUCAUUUAGACAUCGCCCCUCGAUAUGCCAGCAUUCUAAUGGGAAUUUCCAAUGGAGUUGGAACGUUGUCUGGAAUGGUGUGUCCGCUUAUUGUUGGGGCCAUGACAAAGCACAAGACCCGUGAAGAGUGGCAGAAUGUAUUCCUGAUAGCAGCACUGGUGCACUACACUGGCGUGAUCUUCUAUGCCAUCUUUGCCUCUGGUGAAAAGCAGGACUGGGCUGACCCAGAAAGCACCAGCGAGGACAAGUGCGGAAUCAUAGAAGAGGACGAGCUGGCGGAGGAGACUGAACUGAACAGAGAGGCAUUUGUCAGCCCAAAGAAAAAGAUGACCUAUGGGGCAACUGUCCAGAAUCAAAGCACUCGCAAGCAAGGAUGGAAGAAUAAAAAGAGUGUCACAGUGGACAUGCACGAAGAGGAGCAGGCCUCUUAUCACUAUGAAAAUGGCAAUUACCAGGAUACAUCACAAUGACACUGAAUGGCUUGAGCUGUGACUUGUAGGAUUGACAAACUGAUUGGAUUAACUGUUAGAGUAACAAAAAGAGCAAGCAACAGAGACCAAAAUAACAUCUCAGAAAAGAAAGUCUAAUAUUUUGCAGGGAAUACCCUUUAAAAGAGAAUGCAUUUAAAAACAACAUCUUCUAAGAUAUUUCCUUCAGACAAAAUGUACAUUUUUGUUAGCCUUAUUUUGUUUAUGCUUAAUUUUGAGAGGUGCUAUGAAUUCUACAAAUUUAAAGACAUGAAACUUCAUAAAGAUACCCAAUACAAAUAAUACUUGUUUUUAUUGUAUAACUGAACAGGACUGUAGGGAAGUGCACCCAGAUACAAAUCUAAAUAAAGCAGUUUUAACUUCCAGAGCCAGAACUGACCACAUCAAUACAGUACAAUAUACUACAAUAACAAAGAUCUGAUCAAAACAAACUGAGCCAAAAAGUGUGGUUCAGUCUAAGGCAGGAAUAAGACAAAGAGUCCAUUCACAUCAAAUGCUACGCAAUGUGUCAGAGCCUUGCACUGUGAUUGUAUUGAAAGCAUCAUAAAGCUGUCAAAGUAGAAAGAAAACAGCUGCUAUUAUUCUGAAUGGAUAUAUUGUGUGUUUGAAAUAAA